CUCCUCCGUGAUACGUUUGGGCAAUCACAUUGGACUACCAGUAGAAAUUUUAACAAAGUUUUGAAGGCCUUGAACACAAUAGCACUGGAGAUGAUGGCCAAACAUGGAUUAGCAGUGCUAUCUAAAAUAAGGGAAAGUACGAGAUUUUCCCCUUACUUGAAGGAUUGUAUUAGAGCUAUUGAUGGCACACAUAUCCCAGCAUCAGUGUCCGGAUACAAUGUAAGCAGUUAUCGUAAUCGUAAGGGUGUCAUAUCACAAAAUGUAUUAGCUGCUUGUAACUUUGAUUUGGAAUUCAUGUACGUCCUUAGUGGGUGGGAAGGAUCGUCUCAUGAUUCAAGAGUUCUUAAUGAUGCUUUGACAAGAAGGAAUGGACUUAAAGUGCCACAAGGGAAAUUUUUUAUAGUAGAUUGUGGAUUUCCAAAUAGACAUCAGUUCUUAGCUCCUUAUCGAGGAAUCCGAUAUCAUCUCCAAGAGAUUGCACCUCCAUUUCCAUAUGCAACACAAGUGGAGGUAGUAUUAGCUUGUGCAGUAGUGCACAAUUUUCUUCACAAGGAGUGUAGAUCGAAUGAGUUUCCUAUUGAACCAGAUGAUGAAUCUUCUUCGUCUCCACCAUUGUCAGCUUCUGAAGGGGAUCUUGACCAAGAUUUUCAAACACAAGAACAACAACGGAAUAUUGCUAAUGAAUGGAGAUAUAAUAUAACUUUGGACAUGUGGAGAGAUGCUCAUAAUGAUAACAAUGUGAAUAGAGGAUAA